AUGUCUGCAUAUAAUACAUCUGAAUUACAUCUGUAGAUAUUCAUGUUUUGUUCUGUUUAAAUAUAAUUAUUUGUUUUACUUAUCAUUUUUAUUCUUUCUUUAGUCUUGAGGAAAUUCCCUUCAGAUUCCACAUAUCAACCACAAAUGAAUAACUGUAUCCCUUUGUAAACAGUGUGUCUGUGUGUUCUAGUUGGGCAGGCGCUCAUCAUGGGGCUGUACCUGGCGGUGCUGUGUGCCCUCUACCUGGUGCCCCUGGGCAUGUACUCACCCUGUCUUAAAGAGGAGGGCACUCUGGGCCUUGCACCAGCCCUCAUCGGGCACAGAGGGGCACCCAUGCUUGCGCCAGAGAACACUCUCAUGUCCUUUGAGAAGGCGGUGGAGGCUGGAGGGCAAGGUCUAGAGACUGACGUCACCAUCAGCUAUGACGGGGUGCCCUUCCUGAUGCACGACCACACCCUGAGGAGGACCACCAACGUGCAGGAGGUGUUCCCCAACCGGACGGACGCCCCUGCGGCCAUGUUCACCUGGGGGGAGCUGGAGACCCUCAACGCUGGGGCCUGGUUCCUCCAUCGUGAUCCGUUCAGCACGGCUUGGUCUCUGAGUGCCGAGGACCGGGCGCAGGCGCAGAACCAGUCUAUUUGCACCUUCAGGGACUUUCUGGAGCUGGCUUCGCAGAGAGAAAAACAGGUUAUCUUUGACCUCUACCGGCCCCCUAAGGGACACCCCUACAGGGACAACUGGAUCACACGCACCCUGGAGGUCAUCCAGAACGAGUCUUCCAUCCACUCACACCAAGUGUUGUGGCUGCCCUCAGACCUGCGGAGCCUGGUCCAGCAGCUGGACCCUGACCUCCAGCAUACCUCAGCGUCCCGGGCUCCAGUUGAGGAGCUCCAGCAGAAUCACAUUGUCCAACUCAACCUACACUAUAGCUCCAUGUCCACAGAGAUGAUAAUUGAGUAUGCAGCAGCCAACAUCAGCACCAACCUGUAUGUGAUCAGCCAGUCGUGGCUCUACUCUCUGGCCUGGUGCACUGGGGCCCAGUCUGUCACCACCAAUGCUCUACAGUUCCUCAACAACCUCAGUAGACCCCUCUUCCUUAUGACUCCAGAUGAGUACAAUCUGAUGUGGGUCCUCACCGACCUGGUGUCCAUCACCAUCAUCAUCAUCAUCUUCAUCUUCCACUGGUGGCGAGAACAAAGCCUGGCUUUCUGUUCGGGCAGCAAACCCACACUAGAACAUGGCACCUACAUCAAGUUCAGGACAGAUGUGUGGUCCGUCUCCAGUGUCAACAUCCUGGGAGAGCCCGCUGAGCCUAACUUGGCAACCGUCUCAGAGCACUGAUAACCAAUCAACCAACCUCUGUGAGGCUCAGUUGAAGCAAACCACUCCUCAUUCUCCUUUUCAACUUGGCAACUUCCCGGACCCCAAACGGGCAAUUCACCAGAAUCGACCCAACCUGGAAACCCAGGACCCUACUGGAAACCGAGAGCACAACCUGGCAACCCCCUGUAGAUUUGUGUGAGAGAAUGAGAACCAAAGAGAAUUAGAAAUAGUUAAAUGAUGUGAGUGAGGCCUAUCGGAGCUGAUGUGUCACGUGCAGAAGGGAUUUCAUUGGAUAGAUAUUAAUCCUUAAGACCGGGCUGCCCAACUCUCUUCCUGGAGGUUGGGUUUUAAGUUCAACCCUAAUUUAACACACUUGAUUCUACUAAUUAGCUGCUCAACAAGACCUUAACGAGCUCAAUCAGAUAUGCUAAAGUAGGGUUUGACUGAAAACAUAAAGGACAGUUGAUCUCCAGGAAGAGGGUUGGGUAGCCCUGACUUAAUUAAUUUAAGUCAAAUGUGACUGAAGAACAGCCCAGACAACCUCAAGGACCAACCAACUCAUAGUUCAUACUACAGACACCAUCUGGUGGUGGGAAGAGAUUACUACACUGUUUAACCAGGUCCUUUGAGGUGGAUUACUUACUCACUGAAUUAAUAUAACAAGAAAAGUGACCGUCCGCUGUAGAUAUUCUCAACUUGUAUUACCCUCCAUUGUCCAUAGGUUCCUUUCCAUUUCAGCAGCCACUGCAGUGUUGAGUUACGUGAACCACAAAUGCUUGACCAUUUUGUUAGUGUGUUAGUGGUCGAUAAGAUGUGUGAAUAUGUCCAGGCCGGGGUUCAAUUAGUAUGUUUAAUAUAUAUAUAUAUAUAUAUAUAUAUAUAUAUAUAUAUAUACUUUAGCUGUGCUUCAUUGCCCUUUCCUGGCAUAAGGGAACCAAUGAAGUAGUCCCAAAAGUGCACUUUGCCCAUCUGGGAUCUGGCACUCCAAUCAAACUGUCUCAAGCUUCGUUUAUACCUGCAGCUUACAGGCAUCCUGUGUCCUGAUCUUGUCCACAUUCAGAUUGUGACCACGUUUUCAGUCUACACAUGCUAUUAAAAUGUAUCUUAUGUGUC